AUGCGUUACUCAUUCACCAUUACCGCCCUGAGCCUCCUUUCAUCGGCUUUUGCAAUCACUAUCACGAGUCCGUCAUCAAACACGGUGUGGGACUUCUCCACUGCCAAAACGAUCAAAUUCACUAGCGAUUCUAGUGAUCCUCCAGUAAUCAGCAUCAUCCUUCGAAGUCAAGAUGGCUCCUUCCAGACCAAAUUGGCGGAUAACGUCAAGACCUCUGACGGCGAAUACACGACCCAGCCUAAUCUGAGCAUUUCCAACGGAGAUGACUACGAGAUCCAGAUAAUUGACUCUGCUGGCCAGCUCGCCGUCAGUGAUGUUUUUACUGUCGAGAAGGGCGCUUCGAGUGAUGGUACCGCAUCCUCCUCUUCUUCCACUUCUUCUUCCACCACCACCGCCACCACCUCCCCUUCCACUUCUUCCGCUUCUUCUUCUUCUUCUUCUCCCACGACCUCCAGAGAGACCACUUCUACAUCGGUCACCUCCGCCGUGACAUCCUCGGCAUCUUCAACACCGACCUCGUGGACUAGUACUUUGUCUUCUUCAGGCAUGAUGCAACUCCGCACAAUGCUCUACCACCACCUCGUUGUCCUCCUCUUCUACCUCGUCUUCCACUGCAACCGCCACCACUCUGCCUUCGACUGGUGCUGCGUCGUCUCAGUUGAGCGCUGCCAAGGGUGCCAUUCUACUCAGUGCUGCUUUUGCGCUCUUCUACGUCUAAAUCAUGUCCAUCGGAGUUAA